GAGAGAGAGAGUUAUUAAAGUGAAUCCAUAUUCGAUCCAUCACGCCCACUUGCAGGCUACCAAACAAUCAACAGCGUGCGUGGUUUUACGAAGCUGACGUGGAGUCGACAUACGUGUCACCUCAAAGACGGGGCCCUUAAUUUAUUGGACCUCAGAAAAAAGGUCUAUUGCUAAAGUAAAGUUAGGGGCAUGCGUAAUACAACUGCGCGUGGCCUCGGUGCUCAUCUCCGUCGCAUAAUUGGCCCUUGAGCCAUGGUGGGUACAUAUGAACUAAGAAGACUACAAGGAGACUAUAUUAGCCUACCAUAGACUCGAUCCUUGGUAGUACAUAUGAAAUUAACCCAUUGCCUCGAUCGGGACAGGACCAGUGUGACAUCCGGCAUUCCCUCGAUCCCUUCUCAGUUCUCUUCUAAUAUCCUUCCUCCCACCCCUUUCUUGUACUGUGUUAUUCUCUCUCCUUUCAUAUUUAUCUCUCCUCUUCUCUUCCCUCCUCUUCCUCCUCCUCCGAGUUGGAAUACCAGCACUGUCUUUAUUCAGCGUGCAGCCCACUCAGAUCUUCAUCCUCCAUUUCUUGCUGAUGGAUGAAAGUGCCAUGGAAGAGGCAGAGGUGUGCAGCCCAUAGCUAGGGACCAGUGCCAUGCUUUACACAAGUGGCAGUCCCUUUCGAUUCCACUGGCCAGGUGGGGUGCUGAGGCUAUCGCAAGACAUGGCCAAGAAACUCUUUUCCAGGCCUAUGAAAGAGGGUCAGUGUGUGUUGGUGGCAGCAUUGGCACUGGGCUUGAUUUACCUGUUGUUCCGCUACUUUGCUGUGUCCCAAGCCGUCCCUGUUGUUUCUGUCUCGCCGCUGCGUGUCCUGAGGGAGGAGUACACCAUCUGGCCAGCUUUCAUUUCAAAGCUGCCACACAUUCCGGAGUGGUACACCAAUGAGUGCUUCGAUGGCAGGACCUCUGAAGACCUUGAGGAGAUCUUUGGGAGUCUCAUCCCCACAUGGGCUGAGUCUCUCCACCUGGACUGUCAGGAUGCAUAUGCCUUGUUCCUGGAAAUGUUCGAGGUACACCAGCGGGUGUCUGGACCCCUGGAGAUGCCUAAAGCGUUUGCAAAGAAAGUUCAAGCCUGGCUGGGUGGAGAUGAGGCAUUCAAGGAGAAAAUUGAUAAGCAGGCAAUCAUACAUGUGUUCCACCCCCUCGUGGCAGAACAUGUCGUCUACAACCCGGUGAGAGCUCAGAGGCCAAUGCCUUCCCAGGAGAAGGAUAUCUUCCAGUGGGUGGAUGAGAGGGUGAUCAAAACUGAGGGAAACUGUGACUUCUGUCGUCACAGCAGUUAUACAGCCUCUGACAAGUUUGGCAGGCAUGAAACCAAAGAUACAGUGCGGGUGAGCAACACAUUCAAGAUGGACGUCCACCACAGCAUGGUGGUGCCCAGCCACGUCCAUCACCCCCUGCACCUGCCCUUGCCCCUCCUGAUGCACCUGUUUGAGGAAGCAACACAGUGGUUCUUUGAUGUCAGUCAGCAGGAACCCCACUACAUUUACCCAAAUAUAGCCUGGGACACCCUGUUCCAUGCAGGGGCCUCUCAGGUCCACCCUCACAUCCACAUGAUGCUGGCACCAGACCACUACUAUGGGUCAAUGGAGGGCCUGCGUGCUGCUGCCCAGACCUACUUCCGUGUCACAGGAAGGAACUACUUCAACAGCCUCGUCUCUAUCCAUGGCGCCUUAGGCCUGGCUGUGGAGUAUGGGGAUGCUGUAGCAUUAGCCAAUCUAGUUGGGAAGGGAGACCUGGAGGUGAUGAUCUUGUCUGACAUCCCAAGUAAAGACUUCUUCAGUCUCAUAUACUUUGCUGUGCAGGCCUUCCAUGAUACUUUCAAGCAGCCGUGCAAGUCGCUGGCGGGUGCAUGGCCAGCGUUGGGCAUGAGCCGUAAUGCCUCACUGGGCCGCCUGCCAGCCAUCGCACGCAUGGUAUCCAGGGGCGACUGUACCUCCCUCAGGGCUGACUUCAGUACCUUUGAGAUAUUUCAGGCUGUCUUCAAACCUCACAACCCGUGGCAACUUGCAACAGCUAUUAGAAAAUCCAUAGAAAAGUAUGACACACAAAAAAAAGAAUAGAAUGGAAAAGGCAGCAAGGGAUGGGUCUAUAUCAUGCCUCUUAAGAUUUUGUACCCUACCUCUACACAUCUUUGUGAGGCUAAGAUCACAAGCUGAGUACUGGUAAGCUUGUUGAUGUUUUUAUCAGUAUUAUUUAGUCUGUAUGCAUUUCAGAUCUUGGGUCCUCUGGUAUGACAGUUAACAACAUUCAUGAUACAUGUAGUUUCAACAUUUGAAGCAAUAGUAUUUGAAAUGUAGAGUUGAACACCAUCAAAGUUGGGGCUGUACUGGUGUCCUAAAAUUUAUUUCGGGGAUUUUAUGGGCAGCGGGAAGUUUUGUAGUGUUGUGUUAUUGUGUUGUUGUAUGGGGAAAGACUCUUCACUUAAAUUUAUGUAUUCUUGUACAAUUUUUCUCUAUUAGGAAUUUUCCUCCCUCCAGCCUCGCCUGUCUUUUUAGAAUAUAAUCAUAGACUUUGAGCAAUGCAUAAUCAGCAUGUAUAUUUUCCAUUUGCUUGUGUUAUUUGGGUUUGUUACCAUGUGAAAGGGCUAGGAUAAGGUAGAUAUUUCCUUUUUACUAUGAAAAUUUACAUUUAUAACUGUAUUGCAUUGGAAUGUAAAGGCACAACCUAUUUUACUGCCAGAGGCCAGAAUGAUUUUAAAUUAGUACCUGAUUAAGGACAAAUGGUAUCCUUUAAUACACUCUUAUAUUACAAUUUCAUCAUAGCUCAGGGCAGUGGAUAGGUAACAGAUUUACAGUCAUCCCUUGAUUUCCGUUGGGGCCGCCUGCCUUCCUGAGGCCACAAAAAGUGCGGUCUUUCUUCCUGUGGCCCUAUGCACACUAUAGUAGGCUAUCAUCUAUGCAUUAAUAACUCUAACCAUCCACUAAGUAUAUUAAACAAAAAGACAUCACAGUUUAAGCAAUACUACACAGACAACAUGCUGCUGGGCAAGACAUGUUUAAGGCCUUCUGCCUGUGGUGAGUCUCAUACAUGCAAACAACCAUCCAUACUUUUAUUCAUAUAACUCAAACUUUGUCAUGCUCUUGCUUUUAUGGGUACCAGCCAAAUAAUUUUUUGUAUGUGAAAGUAUGAAAUUGUGAGUACUAAAAUUGAGUGGGAAAAAUGAAUGUAAUGUUUGCUUAUUUGAAGGAUAGUCUAGUAUUGAUGGACGUAGAGCAAGGGUCUUCCCAAUCACUUUACCAGCACCAUAUUGGGCCUCCUAGUUGACUGAGCUUUUUUUAAAACAUGAAUGUUAUGCAUGUGGCGAGGACAAGUAAUUGACAAAAAACACACACACACACACACCAUAUAGAAGAGUAUAGAGAAUGAUUAUAGGAAUAACAAAAUAUCUUAAGUAAUUCUCCCUAGUCAUUGCUUCAGCUUUAACAGCUUUAUUUAUUAACACCUGCUGUUAUAUAAUCUCAACAGAUAUUAAGGGUACCAAAUGUAGGAAUAAAUUAAAGAAAAGAGUAGCCAUGCAUAUAUUGGCUGAUUGCUGGUGAAAUGUGUACUAAUAUAUUUGUGGUUAGGUAUGCCUGGCAGAGUUUUUAAGCAUGCAAGAAAGGCUGUGUUAGGUUUAAGUUUUCUAUAUAUUUUUUUUAUAUAUAUAUAUAAAGAACAAUCAGAUGAAAGCAGUACAUGAUUGAAGGAUAACUGAAUUCAGGAUUUUAAAUAACUACAGUGAACUGUUAGGUUAUUUAGAAGACUAAAUGUUUUCCUUUUCUUUUUUUUCCACUAAGUUUUUAUGUACUAGGUCAUUUAUGUAUGAAACUGUAUAGACAGAAGCAUCAGUUUUCAGUUUUUAUUUAAGAAAUAAUAUUUGUUUAUAAUUCAUUAACAAACUUCUGUUUAACAAUCCUGAAUGUUUUAUAGUCAUAGAUUGCAAGUAUGAUGUCUGUUCCCCUUGUCCUGGGGUAAGGUUUGCCUAGUAUACUGGAAUUUAUCCUUUGUUUGAAAUCAAAACUAUGCAUAACUACACUUACUUGAAUAUAAAUAUGUGCCAUUUGUGUCAUUGGUCACAAUAAUGAAAAAGAAAAAUUCAUUUUGGGCUUGUUUGUUUCUUGUCAUGCUUGUCAGUCACCUAAAAUACUUAUGGAGUUCUUUGUCGGUCAUGAAUGGCUUCACACACCUGGCACAUAAUUCUUGUUUUAUUAAGGUGGGUGGCACAUGGCACUUGUUUACCAAGACUGAGAGUAGUUAAAAUGUCUUCUUUUGUCAGACACAUCCUAGAGGACUCUCAUUUCACUGUUAUCAUAGUACAUAAUUAAUUUUCAAGAAACCACUCAUAACCACAGCAUUUCUUGUAUUCUAAGCAUAUUGUUGAUUGCAUUGUUAAGUCCAACAAGUGGUGGCAUCAUUGGUAUGCCACCCAUGCAUGUGGUCUAAAGUUGUCAUCAAAGUGUGAGCCUCUCAACUUUACCUAAAAAUGUCUAAAAUGUUUAAAGUUAAUGACAUCUGUGUUCUUGAAAACUUGGCUUAGUACAUACCUCAGUAAUUUCAUACAUUUCCAACUCUAAAACUUUCUGCACAAAGUUGGAUUCUUCAACAAAAAAGUUUAAGUGAAUUAAUUUUAAGAGUUGAUGAACUGCCAAGUAAUUAUAGAUCAUUGAGUGCCAAAUUUCUUAUUUAUUGCCAGUUUGAUUAAUUUUGUGUUGCUUUAUUUGCAAGAGGUGAUAUGUUAGCUUUGCUAAUACACAAAAAUUCUUGUGUUCUCUUUUGGUAGUGAGUGCAAUUUGAAAUACACUUUCCAUGUUCCUCUAUAAUGACACAUCUCUUGAGAGUAGAACAGUUUUUAUUGAAAUUUUUGUUCAAUGGCUGAAUAGAUUGUUGUUUGUGCCUGAAAUUUCUUUCUAUAAACAUACAAUAAAAUUGGCAUUUGAUGUAUAUUUUGCCGAGAAAACUCUUAUUUAAAGCUCAAAUAUUACCAGUAAAGACAGUUUGUCCAAUUCAAUCAGUAAGCUGUUUUCAAGAAUAUUUUUACCUAAUUUCCAGAGUAAUUGUAAAGUAAAACUAGGUUCUUAACUUAUUCUUUAAAGUCAAAAAAUAAUCUAAAAAAUGUAAUACAUUAUGUUCAGUAUACAAUAUAUUAUCACAUUAGCCAAGCAUAGAUGCUCUUCAUACCCAAAAAAAUGUCUUGUUGUAAUUUCCUACACUACUUAAUAAAAUGUUGCAUGAUG